AGACGAAGUCAAAUAGUCAUAUAGGGAAAUAAACGUGGGUCCGAUCUUUUUACAUGUGACGUGAAAAUUUUUGGGGGGGUUUUCAAAUUCCAAAACCCAUCGUCUCCAUGGUUGGUCUGGUUUUGUAUCUCCUCCUGAAAUACGAGAGUCAGUUGCGGUGAUUAGUGGAAGAUCCAGAAGGUGGUUGGUUGAUGGUAGCCAUGAUCCAAAAUAAUCACCCUUUCUUUCCCCAUAAUCUCUUCAGGCUUUUUCCAACACCUGUACUACCUCCUUGUUACCCACCUCAACCCCAGCACCAUCAUCUUCGCCUUCCAUUCGUCAUCCUCCUCAUUGGUCAUUCCUUCACAAUCCCCUAUGCUCAUUUCAUCAAUGCUUUCAAAUUUGCUCUUAAAAUCAAGAUAUACCAUGAAUGUUACAUGUACAAAUGUCAAUCCCUGUGUUUACCAAACCAAAUCUUUGCUAAAUAUAGGAAAAACCUUUUGCUUACUACACCCAAUUACAGAUCGUUGCUCUAAGAGAGAGAGAAAGCCCUAACCCUAAAAACUGAAGCAGAAUGAAUACCCAUCUGGAUAUGGAUAUGGUGGAGGGAAACGAGGCUUGUGGUUUGAGGGCAUUUGGUGGUUUUGAAAUCGGACUUAGAAUGGGAGUUGGAAUCAAUUUUGCUGGUGUUCAAGACACCACCUACAAAACUGAUAAUAAAUCUUCUUCUUCUGCUGAUGUUGUUGCUCCUGCUGCUGAUCCUGUGGUUGUUGACAGAGAUCUGGUGGCUGCUGCUCGUUUUGAUUUACUUAAGAAGAAGCGGAUGCCCAGAUUCCGCCGUGGUACCUCUGCUGCUGCAGUCCGCUCCUUCACUUCCUUCCCCAGUUUUCUUCCUGCAACUAUUGCUGAUCAUGGAAGGCUGACAUUUCUGUUCAGCAAGAAGCUGCAAAAAAGUGAUGUAGGUGUGCUUAAAAGGAUUGUGCUUCCAAAGAAAGCAGCUGAAACACACUUACCAGCUCUAAUUGCUAAGGAAGGUAUCAUUAUGGAGAUGGAUGACAUAGACAGCAUGCAUGUGUGGUGCUUCAAGUUUAGGUUCUGGCCAAAUAACAACAGCCGCAUGUAUGUUCUUGAGGGCACUGGGGAAUUUGCUGAGGAGCAUGAACUGCAAUUGGGUGAUUACAUAAUGCUGUAUCGGGAUUCAAUGAAUCUCAACUAUGUGAUACAAGCAGUAAAAGCUUACGAAGUUGAGGAAUUCACAAAGAAAGAAAUGAAAACAAACCCCACUCCUCAGGUGAAAUCCGUCAAAGCACCACCACCACCACCACCAGUUGACAAUGGUUUAAUGAACCAAAACUGGUUGUGGGGUGGCCCUGAGAUGGAGGUUUUUAACCCCACAAACACAAACACAAACUACCCGAUGAAUAUUUCAACUGUGGAAGAGCAUAUGGGCAUGAAUUUCGUAUAUGAUACUAGCUACUCCAAUGACACCAUGACCCCACUUGAUUUCUUGGGUGGAUUCAUGACAAACUACCCUGCAACUCAGCCUAGCUUUACAAUCGAAAACUUGUCUAUCGAUGAUCUUUAUAAGAUCUAGUUACUUUGUUGACUUGUUGUAAUAAGAUGUGAAUGUGAACGUGAAAAUAAGCAUCUGAGUGGAAACACUAGAACUCAGUAGAUGUUUGUGUUUGUAGACUUAAGUAGUGGUUUCAAUACCACAUGAACUCUCAUGUUGAGUUAUUGUGUCGUGGUUUUUGUAUAAGUGUUGUUUGUAUGGUAACUUUGAAAAGUUCUUGUUCAAAUAAUCGGAUGUGUAGUUGUAUCGUGA